AUGGUAGUUGAUAGAGCUAUAUCACAGUCCGGGGAGGUUAUUGCAGCCUCAGCAUUGUUCACUGUUGGGAUGGCCAGGGACAUAUGGGGCACUUCAUCUGCUGUCAUAGCACCCAGGUUCGCCCUUGUUUCUUGGGUGCCCCUACCCCUUAGUCAUCUCAAAGUGAAUUUCGACGGGAGUAUGUUGGUGGAUGGUACUACUGGCGGUGUUGGAUUUGUGAUCAGAGAUUCCUGGGGCAGGCUGGUGGCAGCCGGGGGUCAGUGCACGCUAGGUCUUACGGUUGUAGAGGCAGAGCUUCGGGCAGCAUGGGAGGGGUUAUCAUUUGCGAGGAAAGUCCUCGGUGCCGAGAGGGUGCUUCUUGAGGGGGAUUCCUCUGUGGUUAUUGACCGGAUUCGAGGUGUUAAUAAAUAUGGUGAUGGCCAUCCUCUCAUUAAAGAUACUCGGAGACUAGCCCAGGAGUUGGGGGGCUUCCAGGCAGCAUACGUAUUUCAGGAGGCGAACCAGGCAGCAGACUGGGUCGCCUCCUUCGUCGCCCGGCACUCUGGGGAGUUUCUUUGGACAUUUAUGGAAGACACUCCUUCCUCUUUGUACUCUUUACUUUUCCGUGAUCUGGCAGGAUGUACUCACUUUAGAGCUAUUUAA